AUGGAUUUAGGGAUUUCGAAAAGCCAUGGCUAGUCAACAAUGUCGACCAAACUUUUCUAAUUCCAGAAAGUAAGCAUUAACACUGCGUCUUUCCUCCUUUUUUGUAAAUACAUUACUAUUUUUGACCAUCCACAUUCUUGGUGGAGCGCCAUUACACACUGCGUCAGAAUCGAAUCUGACACUUUUUUUCCUUUUCUCUUUCUCUUCACUUUCGUUUUCUUAGCUUUUAAUCCUUUUUUCUUUGAGCCCACAAAAAAGCCAGAUCUGAUUGGGUCCAUCGAAGAAGAUAUGUGGUCGGUGAUGGGUUUGGUUAGACGUACGGCGUUUUCCACCGUUGGUAAAGUUUCUCCGGUUAGGCCAUUUCUCGGUGGUGGUGGUUGCAGGUGUCUCUUCGUCGAACCAACGGUGAAAACGGCGAAGAAGAAGGAGGAGGAGGAAGAGAUAACUGUAACGGAGGCGAAGAAGCUGAUGAGGUUAGUGAAUGUUGACGAGAUGAAGAAGAAGCUAGUUGGUAUGGCGGAUAAAGAUAUCGUCUCUUACAAUACACUCGUUGAAGCAUCUCAAGAUUUAGGUAUCGCUAGAUCUCUCGAGGAAGCUCAUGCUUUCGCUCGUGUCCUUGAUGAUGCUGGUGUGAUUUUGAUUUUCCGGGAUAAAGUCUAUCUUCAUCCAGAUAAGGUGGUGGAUUUGAUUAGAAAGGCAGUGCCUUUAGGUUUGAAUACAGAGGACGAUCCAAUCAGAGACGAAUUCGAUAAGCUUAGGUGUAUGAAGGAAGAAAUUGAUGUUUUAGCUCAUAAGCAAGUGAGGAAGAUUCUAUGGUGUGGUCUUGGUUACUCUGUGGUACAAAUCGGGCUUUUCUUCAGACUAACUUUCUGGGAGUUUUCAUGGGAUGUAAUGGAACCGAUCACGUUUUUCACUACAGCGACUGGGAUUAUCGUUGGUUAUGCUUAUUUCUUGUUCACUUCGAGAGACCCAACGUAUCAAGAUUUCAUGAAGAGGUUGUUUCUUUCUAGGCAGAGGAAGUUGCUCAAGAGCCGUAAGUUUGAUGCUGAGAGGUUUAAGGAGCUUGAGAGGAAGUGGAAGAUGAAUUCUUGCUCUUCUUCUUCUUGGUCUGGUUCUUGCCACGCAAACGCGUCGAUUCGGAAUCGUGUUGGUGUUGAUCUUGAUUUGGAGGAUUCUUUGCAGAGUCGCAGAGAUUGAUUCAUAAGUUUCUGGUUUUCUCUAACCAUUUUUCAGUUCUAUAUUAUAUACUUUUAACCAAUAUAUCUGAAGGUAGGUUCUUCGUGUUUGAUUCUUUGGUGUUUAAAAAGAUCCCAAAGAAUGAGAAGAGGUAGUUUAGUUUGUCUUUGCAAAUAGGCAUGGAGAUUUUUUUUAUUUGAUAAUCUUGAGCUACUACUGUUAUCUAAAAUCGCUGAUAAUUAUAAUUAACUUUAUCGUUAAAUGUAUU